UUCCAGCCAGACUGACUCCAGUAGUGCCACAGCGGUGUGGGGAGCUUCUUCUCCGCGCUGCGCUCUGGAAUAACUAACGGUUCUGUGAAAGCAACCAGCUGCUGACCAACUUUAUUAGCCGCUCGUCUUUGUCGCGACUUAGUUUCGCUGCUGCGGCUUUGAACUGCAACAGAAAACCCUGCUACGCGUGUUUUUCACGGAUGAAACAACAGGAGACAAUCAGGUCUCUGCUCUGGCGAGGUGAAGACUUUCUCUUUCCUGUGAUUCUGGAAGCAGAUUGCCAUAGCAGAUGAUUCACGGACAGCUGCAGCUGAAGCCCAGUUCUUCUCCAUGUCCUUGGCUGUUUGGAGGAAGUGUUUGAAGACCGAACUCUCCCAGAGGUGAACCUCUGAGGGGUUUCGCCUCUGACGGCUCGGCGCCUCAUUCGUCCUUCUGAGAGGUUACUACCUUGGAGAAGCAGGAGUGCUGGUAGCGCAUCAGAGGACGUGACUAAAACGUGGACUGGAGGGUGUCGGCUGUGGACCAUGUGUUUCUGGUGAAGUCCCACCUUCUGCCAAAAUGAGGCUGAUGGGCGGACCGCCUCCUCCACCCAUCCUGCCAGCCGUCCUGGCUCUCACCUUAGUCGCCUUUUUACCCCAGCUGUCCUCAGGAGCUGCACCGUUUCCCCAAGACCUGGAACCAAUCAGCAUUGUGGGAAAGGAAUCUUCGUACCUCUACCCCAGCUUCCAGGGGCUCUUGUCAGACAAUGACACACUCCGCCUGGGCCUGGACUUCCAGAGGAUGCUGAGGAUCAACCACAUGCUUUACAUUGCUGCCCGGGACCAUGUGUUUGCGAUCAAUCUGGCUUCAACAUCUGAGCAGAUAAUCCCACAGCAGAAACUGACGUGGAAAACGAAGGAUGUGGAGAAGUGCACCGUGAGGGGCAAAAACAGCGACGAGUGUUACAACUACAUCAAAGUUCUGGUACCGCGCAACGACGAGACUCUGUUCGCCUGCGGCACGAACGCCUUCAACCCCACCUGCAGGAACUAUAAGAUGUCGACGUUGGAGCAGGAAGGGGAGGAGGUGGUGGGACAGGCUCGGUGUCCCUUCGAAUCCCGGCAGUCCAACGUUGGUCUUUUUGCAGGUGGUGACUUUUACUCUGCAACCAUGACCGACUUCUUGGCGAGUGAUGCAGUGAUUUACAGAAGCCUGGGUGAAAGCAGUCCUGUUUUACGUACGGUCAAGUAUGACUCCAAAUGGCUACGAGAACCUCAUUUCCUUCAUGCCAUCGAGUAUGGGAACUACGUGUAUUUUUUCUUCAGUGAGAUUGCUGUUGAAUACACAACUCUAGGCAAGGUGGUUUUCUCCAGAGUUGCACGUGUUUGUAAAAAUGACAACGGAGGUUCCCCGAGGGUUCUAGAGCGGUACUGGACAUCUUUCCUCAAGGCCCGUCUGAACUGCUCAGUGCCCGGAGAUUCUUUCUUUUACUUUGAUGUUCUUCAGUCGCUGACCAACGUGCUGCAGAUAAACCACCGGCCGGCUGUCAUUGGAGUCUUCACCACACAGUCCAACAGCAUCACUGGCUCAGCAGUGUGUGCUUUCUACAUGGACGACAUAGAACGGGCCUUCAACGGGAAAUUCAAAGAGCAGAGGAACAGCGAGUCGGCAUGGACACCUGUUCCAGAGGAGCUGGUCCCCAAGCCGAGACCCGGCAGCUGUGCCGGUGAGGCAUCCGCCACCACCUACAAGUCAUCCACCACCUUCCCCGACGAGACACUGGCUUUCAUCAAGUCAUACCCCCUUAUGGACGAGUCGGUUCCCUCAGUCAACGACAGACCGUUCUUCACCCGCACCACCAGCAGGUUCAAGUUGACCCAGAUUGCCGUGGAUACGUCGGCAGGGCCGUAUAAGAACUACACCGUGGUGUUCCUGGGCUCAGACAAUGGUCACCUCCUGAAGAUUCUGGCCAGCACAGAAGGAGCCAACUCAUCCCUCAACACCCAGCUCCUGGAGGACAUGGACAUCUACAACCCAGACAAGUGCAACGUUCGGGGGGAGGACAGGAGGGUUCUGGGUCUUGAGCUGGACCGAGAUCGUCACGCGGUGUUUGUGGCGUUCUCUGGUUGUGUAAUCCGCGUGCCGCUCAGCCGCUGCUCAGAUUACAGCGACUGUAAGAAAAGCUGUUUGUCUUCACGGGAUCCUUACUGCGUUUGGCUCAAGUCAGGCAGCUGUGUCACCGUCUCACCUGGAUUCAAAGCUGGGUUCGAGCAGGACGUGGAGAACGGCUACCAUCAGCAUCCGGAGAGCUGCCACGACGUCCUGGCGACCACUCGCAAGCAAAACACGGCGCUCGACUCUGUGUACGGGAAGACCACCCCCACAAGUGCCAGCACAACCCGUCACGGGGCGGUGUUCCCAAAGGAGGCAGGUGACUCUGAAAGAGGUACAGGUCCUGAUCGUCCUGAUCCCCCAGUGGGGGAACAAGGGUCACCUGACUCAGAGCCAAUCAGUGUGGAGAUGGAGGGUAAGGGGGCGAACACCUGUUCCCAUUUAACUCUGACCUGCAGGGGAUCUCACUGCUGGGCCCCGAUCGCCUAACUCUGCACUCCUAACCACACUAACUAAAAUAAAAAACAAGAAAAAGCCAUGCAGUUUCACUCUGGUUUAACAGUUUCCUUUUUGCUGCAUGCAUUCCCGUUAUGGAUGUUUAAACUCCAGACGCCUCCAACUGGGAGGAUUAUAAAUAGCUGAUUAAAAUCAAAAGUCCUGACCAGGAAUCUGCUUCUGUUGGGUGCUGUUCAUUCAGGAAUACCAAGGAUGGUAUGCAUUAAAACAAGAGAGAAUGUUAUUCCAGGGUGAACUUCCACUUCCAUUAACUUACUAACAUGCAACUUUGACUCCUAAUGCUAGGAAACAUUUCUGAUUAACACGUAGUUUGUUAGUCCCGCUUUGAUGUGAAUUUCCCAGCUUCAGUCACAAAAUUAAAGUGAUACUAUGCAACUUUUCUUGAGCCAGUAUGUGCUUUUAAAAUGAUUCAUGAAAUGUCACCCAGAACCCCACUGCCCUCUGUAGCCAGAUUAUCGCACUUGCAACUUCAGAGUAGCGAGCUGCUUCCAGUGUCCUGCAUCCUUUAGUUCAUGAACACAGCUGAUUUGUUGAAUUUAGUGAUGAACCACUUCUGUAGGCUGAGAAGACAUUUUAGCUGUUAGAUUAGGGUGUUAAAAAGAUUAACGCACAGCGACGAGAUGAGUUUCACUUUUGGUUUCACUAAACGGACACUAGAGGGUGCUAAAGACGAACCAAAACUGCCUAGUCUCCCUGGAAGAGACACAAAAUGUAUCUUCUACAUAUUUUUUAAAUAUUUUCUUAGGUUUAGUUAAAGGUCGUUUUUGGUAAAACACUAAACAUGUAUUCAUCAAACCCUCUGCAUGCAUUUCAAACAGGUUUUAAUUGUCGAUACUUUAAAACAACAUGUGAAGCUGUCAAAUAAACUUUGGGCUGCAGAGACCUUGUUGAUUCUAAACUGCCUAAAGAAGCAACUCUGGCCUGUAAAAGUCCAGUAUGCUGUUAAAUAUUUAGUCAUUACUUGAUUCUUAACAUUCAUUUUUUGCCCUCAUGAACGUCACAAGCUUGUGAGGUCUUAUUCUUUUCAUAGGAACUGAAACUAUGAUCUUAUAAAAGGAGCCGAAGCUAAAUCCUCAGCUGGUAGAGAAAGCUUCUGUUCACACAUCCUGGCUCUGUGGCUGCAGUGAUGAGCUAUUCAGGCUUAAACAAGAAAAGUCCAUAACAAAUAAAUAAGCUGCAGGACUCAGAGCUGGGAGUCGGGCAUCCUUGGGGAGAAGAGGGUGUUGGACAGAAUAUAUCUUCGAGACUGCCUGGCUGAUGACGGCGGGAGACGAGCUGGUGUGGAAGGAACAGCAUUGCUACUCUAAAGGACGCCUCAGGCGCUCUGACUUUUUUUUUUUGUCUGUUAUUUAAACCAGAUAACUGACUUUGUGUCUGUAUCUGUGGAGCACACAUCCUACAGCAGCCACAGGGUGGGCUGGUAGACAGCAGAGAACCGAUGAGGAGAAAACAACCAAUCAGGAGCUGGAAAACAGACCCAGAAUAAAAUAACACCACUGCAGACAAUCGUAUACAUGGGUGUCCUAAAAUGUUUGCAUCUAUAAAGACUUUGAUGUUUUUUAAUAAAUAUUCACAAGAACAGUGUAGCAGUAAGGAGUGUCAGGCUUUGACUUGAUGUCAAAGAGAAAACGGUUUCAAAAUGCUUUUUCCACCGAUUUGGCCCAAUCGGAAGUCAGCUGGAAAUGAUUAAUUCCGGAAACAAUUCUGUUUUAUCAAAUCCCGUUGUUUAUAAAGUUGGCAAAUCAGCAUUUGACACGUUUGAGGGCAUUACCAAAAAUACCUCAGUCAUUCCUCCCUUCAGAUACAAAGAUGGUUAACUCUUUGUGUGAAUGCGAAUGUUUAAACACUUAUGUGGAGCGGAUGUUAAACAUUAAUAAUUAUCUUAUUAUAAUGAGUAUACUGAUAGAUAAACUUGUUAAAUCAACAUACCGAUCUGGAGUAGUUAAGAUCUGAAAUGGAUCAUUGCAAGAAAGAUAUUCAUUUUAAACCCAUCAUUGAUUAAAGCACAGAUUAUUCAAACAUUUGAUCUAAACAUCUGGUUCAUUCAACACAUUUGAUUAUUUCAACUUAUAAGUCACGUAGGAACUUUGAGGAGUGUGAACUUUAUUCAGAGUGAGAAGUGCGUGAGUCUCGCUUCCACAUGAGACCUUGACUGAGAAGGUUAGUCUCAGGACUCAGGACUUAUUUUGGGCCAGACCGAUGGUGAGUUUGUGUCUGCAAAUAAGUUAGUUUCUGGUCAACUUGUUGGUGAAAAUUUGACCACUGGUACGUUACAACCAACAUUUAGUAUAGAGUCUACAGUAAGCUGGUGUUGAUAGUAACCUCUAAUAAUAAACACUGCCUUGCAGAUAACACUGCUAGACAAAAAUAUGUUUCAUUUAGUUUCAUUAUACAUAAACAAGAAAUGAAGGACUGAAUCCAACUAGGUUAUUCUGGAGAGGUGAUGCUCACAUGACAACUUCACAGAUAAACAAGGAAGCGACAGAUUAAAGUACCUAGUCACCUUGUAGUAAUUAGGAAGUGUUUUGUGUCUACUUUACAAACACAUUAAAACGUACAGCUGUGACUGCUGGCACCAGUCAGUGCAGAUGCUGCUGUCUGACAGCUUUCACUACACUCCAGAUUUAACCUGAUCUAAUAUUAAUAUUUUGGAAAUGUGCAGGAAGAGGAACUUCAGCCACUGUCAUCGUGCAAACGGAUUAGUAUGACUUUCUCACCUCGUCUCUGGAAAACUUUCUGUAACACAACAAAAACUUAAAUCUGCAACUUAAUCAUUUGGAGUAUUUACUUACUAGGUAUUUACUGGGAGCACAAACUGGGUAGGCCUAUAAGAAACUGCUCUGGAGUGGUUGUCUGUAUGAGCCUCUGUGGCCGUCUCCAAGUUUAGGUCCUCCUCCACCUCCCUUACCCAUGGUGUCCCACAAGGUUCUGUGCUGGGGCUUCUACUGUUGCUCCUCUAUCUGCUCUCUCUCCAACACAUCCUGGGCUCUUUUAAAGGACUCUCCUACCAUCUUUAUGCAGAUGACAUCCAACUGUACAUCUCCUUUAAGCCCCAUUAGACGUCCUCUGUCAGGAGUCCAUACCUCACAGAGUAAAGGUUAAAGAGUAGAUGUGUUAAAAGCUACCAGACAAAGUUCUCUGGUGUUCUUGUGUGAUGGCAGGUUUGGUGGUCAUGUUGGUGCAGCAGAUGGCUUGUAGUUUCCAUGCAAACCAACAAAGAGAACUGUAACAGAAGCAAACAGACAAAAGAGAUUUUUCACUUAAGAUAUUUUUCUGGUCUUUAGAAGAAUGGCGCUAAUGUCACUAAUUGAGUUCAAAUGACUUCAGUUUCCACCUAAAUAAUAAAAGAUCAUUUAAAACUGUUUCCUGUUUAAAUCCAAAGGCAUAUUUUUUUAGACCUUAUGACAAAAUAAUUAAGAAUUGUUGUUCCCUGUCAGGUUGAUUAGAACCAUCAGUUGUCAUUUUCUGAGUUCUGGAUUUGUGUAAAUUUAAAAUGAUCGCAGCUCUGAGGGGCCUAAAGUAGCUGUUGUGAAUCAUUAAAACCAACUGUGACUCCAGUAAAACGGACCAAAAACCAGUGUAACUCGUAGUCAGUGGCCGUCCCCACUAUCAUGCUUUAUCGGGCUAAUUUUAAACCAUUUGAUCAAACAUAUGUGGCUACAUGACAUUAUGUAAAGAACUGAGAAAACAAAAAUGCUAAAGCAGGAACCUGCUGACCUGGUGCUAUUUAGAAAAAUGCCAGAAGUCGGAAUGUUCUGGAGCAGCUUCUGGCCGGGGAAUACGCCCACCUCUUUGU